GUUGUCUGACGCUGAUGUUGCUGUGUACCGUUAUCAGCCGCCGGUGAAACAAAGAAGGAAAGCGAAAGAACAGGGACGCACUAGGCGUGUAUUCCUCUCGUGCUAUGACGUCUGAAGAUAUUCUGGAAAGAGCAGGAAGGCUCACAAAAGAGGAUCCCAACGACGGGUACAGGUGGUCUCCAGCCACAGCGCGAGACAACGCUGAACAAGGUGAAGACGGCGCUAUUUUGUCCGGAGAUUUGCUUACGUACACAGGGCAGGACGUCGUCGCUCUCCCUUCACGGAUUGUACGCCAUUAUGCUCAUGUAGCCAGACGACUAGAUCUGAGCUACAACUGUUUGACGUCUGUGGAUGGGAUAGGGCAAUUCAAGGAGCUCAAAGAGUUAAUUUUAGACAACAAUCGUCUUCGAGAUGGAUUUAAUUUGCCUCUCUUACCAAAACUGGAAACGUUGUCAAUGAACAAAAACAUGAUCACUAAUCUUGAGUCACUGCUAGAAGAUAUAUUGAAGAAUUGUCCAAACAUUACAUUUCUGAGUCUCCUUGGAAACAUUUGCUGUCCAAAUGAGCUUUCAUGUUCUGAUAAGGAUGAAGAAGACUAUCAGCGAUACAGAUACUUCCUCAUUCACAAACUUCCAAGGUUGAAAUUCUUAGAUUCAAAGGCUGUGUCAGCAAAAGAGCGUCAGGAAGCUGUAAGGGUUGGAGCUUUCAUGAAGAUAGUUCAUCCACCAUCGGAAGAUUCAACUAAGCAGACCACUAGGUAUGACAGAGAUGAGAGUGAAUAUACUCCUCUUCCACAGCGUUUAGCUCAAGAAGGAAAUCACAAAGGCUCAUUUGGUGUGUGUCGUUAUGUGUACUAUGGUAGGCAUUCAGAAGGAAAUCGCUUCAUUCGAAAUAAUGACUUAUGAGUUCUACUGUACAUGCCAGACAUUGUGUUCUUUGUAGUCUUUUGAUUAGUUCUGACUAUGAUUAUACUGAGAGCUUGGUUGCUUCACAUGUAUUUUGAUAACGUUAUUGAAACAUGAGAAUAUCACCAAUAAAUUGGAGUUUAAUAUGUUUGUU